ACCUCUACAGGGGGGAAGUGAGGGAACAGUCCUCUUUUUGUCUGGUUAGUCUGAGGGUGCUCUGGAUGGUAUUUUGAGACUCGCCAUCAUGAAGAUUUUUAUGACUCCACUCGUUGCAUUGGUUUUGUUAUGCCCCAGCUGCAGCAGCAAAUGGACCACACACACUGCUUGCAAGGAUGACAAACUGGAAUUGCUCUACCAGAGUUGCGAUCCACUACAAGACUUUGGCUUCUCUGUAGACCACUGUAACAAUCCACUAAGUGAAAAUGUCAAUAUUCGAUUUGGAAUUAUUCUAAGAUAUGACAUCAAUGAGCUGUUUCUUGACAUCAAUCUCUUCUCAAUGCAAAAGUCCAUAUUUUCCUUUUCAUAUCCUGUGUGUGAAGUGGAUUUCCCAAAGUUUUCUUUCUGUGGAAGAAAGAAAGGAGAAAAGAUCUACUAUGCUGGAAAGAUCCAUAACCCUUCCUUUCCAAUUGGCAAGGGAGAAUAUCACAUCUUAUUGAGGCUACACAAUGAAAAUAAUUUCACCAUUACUUGUGCCAACAUUACUGUUAUUAGCUACUGAUCCGCCAUUAUUUUCUCAAAUUCAAGAGCAUAACCGUAUGUGGCUGAAUGGAAAGCUCAAAUCCCUGCAAUUAGGCAAGCUAUCCAAGAAACCCCAAUGUCAGUGACAACCAAUUUUCACCAGAAGCCUCAGGUGCUGAUUUAAGCCCCAGGAGCAGAUGUCCCAGAACCCUUGGGUAUAAUUAGUCCCAUGAAAUUAUCUAUCUGUAUCUAAUGAGCCUAACAUUAGUAGUUAAGCACUCCUUGGUCCUCAUUUGCUGUUUCCUAAUUGAUCAUCACAGACCAAAUGCUCAUCUUUUUUGAUUCCUUGGGGAUCUACCCAAGGAGUUUAAACGAAUAAGGAAUCCAGCCCACAGUAUUAACCUGUGGUUUAUUCAAAGCAUUUUAAUACUAUAUUGGAUUUGAAAUUUAAUUUCAUCUCCCUAAUGCCUGGUAUUAAAGCAAAGCAACCAGAUUUCAAACUAAACUUGGGGCUUUAUAGAAAUGUCUAUUAUCCUUGCAAAUGAAACCAUGUCAGAGGCCCAGCACCCAUAGAAUAUAAAAUAAAUCUGGUAUUAGAGGUAAAUCUGAGAUGACACCAUGGACUGAAUGCUCAUUAGUAGUAUCAUAGUUGUACAGACUUAUUAGACACAGAUAGGAAGUCACAUUAGACACAGAUGGAAAGUCAUAUUAGAGAUCUAGUCCCAUCCUACUUCCAAUACAUGGAUUCCCAUCCCCUCUCCAAACAAGUGGUCAUCUAACCUUUACACAAAUACCCCUCUCAAAACUCAUUCCCUACUUCAUUUACAACCUGUUCCAAUUCAAGACCAUUCUAAUUAUUAAUUAAAGUUUAUCCUUACACUGAGCUCAAAUUGCUGACCUACUUCCUACUCUUUUUUCUAUUUCUUUUUCUCAAGAGAUAAGCAGAAAAGAGAAAGCUCUGAGAAUUUGAGUAAAAGAAUCAUAUUCAUGGUUUUCCUCAAAGGUGCAAGUUUCCUAAUCCUUAAAUGUUCAAAAGUCCUACCUUAGUCAGGCAUGAAUGCAUUUAUUCAAAUAUGGAAACAUAUUCCUAGACCCAGUGACGAAUGACUAAGUUCCCUUUCUUAAUGCUGAAGAGUCCUGACAGUUGUUAUUCAGUUUUUUGGUGUGUGAUGCCAUGAACCAUCCUUGUCCAUGGGGUUUUCUUGGCAAAGAUAUUGCAGUAAUUUGCUAUUUCCUUCUCCACUGGAUUAAAGCAAACAGAAGUUA